AGCUCCUACAUCGCGCGCACGGCGACGAGAGGAAAAGUUGCACGACACUACUGUCUGGUAAACUAAAUAAGGCAGAAUGAGUAUGCGACCGAUGAUGCUUCCUUUGUUAGGCCACCAAUGACAACGACGAUUUCGAUGACGAUGACGACGGCGACGACGACGACGAUGAUGAUGACGAUGACGAUAUCGUCUAUGCGUCUUUGCGCCCUUCGGGCCACGAGCAGCAUUCUCAGUCGUCCCCGACGCGGACCUCUGCGCGCGUAUUCGUCGCACGAGGACCCAUCCCGGCGCAAAGUCGUGAUUGUAACCGGCGCGAAUCGAGGCAUCGGCAAGGCCAUGUGCGACCUCAUCCUCAAGGACGACAGCGUCGCGCCCCUGACGCUGUACGCGACGUCGCGCGCGGGCGGAGACGUGGGCCUCGCGCCGCGCCGGCGGGACCAGACGGUGCUCUGUCCCCGGCUCGACGUCGCCGACGCGGCGAGCGUGGCGGCGCUGGCGGCGCAGGUGCGGCGCGCAGGCGAGCCCGUCGACGUGCUGAUCAACAACGCGGGCGUCAACCUCGACGCCGCGUUCUCGCUCGAGAACGCGAGGGCGACGCUCGACACGAACUACAGGGGCACGUUGGAGAUGUGUCUUGCCUUUCUGCCGCUGCUCCGCAACGACGCCGGCCGGAUCGUCAACAUGUCCUCGGUCGGCUCGAGCCUGAAGACGUGGGGCCCCGAGCUCGCGGCGAGAGUCCGUCGCAUAGACACGCUGGGCGACGUGGAGGCGCUGGUGCAGUCCUACCUGGCGCACGUCCAGGCCGGAACCGACGUCGAGGCCGGCUUCCCUGCCCGCAGGAGCUACAGCGUUUCCAAGGCGGCCGUCAACCUGCUGACCAAGAUCUUGGCGGCGCAGCAUCCCGACGCGACCAUCAACUGCUGCUGCCCCGGCUGGAUCGACACGAGCAUGGGCAGCCUGAUCAACAACGGAAAGACGAGGCCGCCAAAAACGCCGGAGCAAGGGGCUCGGAUCCCACUGAGACUGGCGUUCGGCGACGUAAAGGGCAUAUCAGGAGCGUAUUGGGCGAACGACAGCGUUAGAUCAAAGGAGGACGGAAAGCCGCAGGACUGGUGAUUGCUGAGCGGAGCUUCAUGCUAACAACGGUUAUGCAAUGUUCAAUCAUGGCCUGUGGUUCCUGAACGUCGUCGUCCAAAGACUUCGUUCACGUGAUCACGUUUGUAUCAUAACUAUCUACUGUUCGUGUUGGAAAAUAUAAAACGAAAGCUCAACGCUUUAAACUCAAG